CUUGAUUUCUUGUCUGUCAGUGGUUCAGUCCACAUGGAGAAGAGAGUCUUAACAUUCCUAGUAACUGAUUAAUCACACGUCCUAACAAUUUUUGCUCUCUUUAGAGUGCUUGAUAACCCCUUGAAAACAGACUCUUUUUUUAACCGUCUGUAGGAUUUUUCUGUUUUUUUUUAUGAAACUGGACUGGGUCAGGAGAAGAAGAGCAAGGAGACGUCUCACCUUUUAGCCACAGGACGCCAAGGAUUUCCAUUACUUUUCUUAUUUGGUUCUUCCUACCUUUCACAAAUUUUCUUGCAGCUGCAGAAAUAUAAUAUAAAGAGAUUUUGUCUGUUAAACUAUGAUCUUUUCCAUGGUGCCUUUUAAAGUUUCUUUAGCCAAGCAGCAGACGUAUGUGUCCCCCUACAACCAUCAGAUGGCUCCUCCAAGCCCCAACAACAACAAUAGCAGCAACACCACCUCCAUCAGCAAUGGCAGCAGUUGCAAUGGGGGAGAGCAGCUGAGCAAAACCAACCUCUACAUCCGUGGCCUCCAUCCAGGAACCACAGACCAGGAUCUGGUCAAACUCUGUCAGCCGUAUGGGAAAAUAGUGUCCACCAAGGCCAUCCUGGACAAGACCACCAACAAGUGCAAAGGCUAUGGCUUUGUUGACUUUGACAGUCCGUCCUCAGCUCAGAAGGCGGUGACAGCGCUGAAGGCUGGUGGAGUGCAGGCUCAGAUGGCCAAGCAACAGGAGCAGGACCCCACCAACUUAUACAUCUCCAAUCUGCCAAUGUCCAUGGACGAGCAGGAGCUGGAGAGCAUGCUGAAGCCCUUCAGCCAGGCCAUUUCCACACGCAUCCUGCGUGAUGCUAACGGAACCAGCCGAGGAGUGGGCUUUGCCAGGAUGGAGUCAACAGAGAAAUGUGAAGCCAUCAUCCAACAUUUCAAUGGAAAAUAUAUCAAGACUCCACCUGGAGUUCCAGUGCCGCCAGAACCCCUGCUAUGUAAAUUUGCUGACGGAGGCCAGAAGAAGCGUCAGAGCCAAGGAAAAUAUCUGCAGAACGGCCGGCCCUGGACGAGAGAUGGGGAGACGGGAGGAAUGACGCUUACCUACGACCCCACCACAGCCUUACAGAAUGGGUUCUAUUCCUCUCCCUACAGCAUUGCCCCCAACCGUAUGAUGGGGCCAACCUCCCUCUCCCCAUACAUGCAUUCACCUGUGUCCACCUACCAGGUACACAACCCAUCCUGGCUACAUCAUCAGUCGUACAUCAUGCCGCCCACAGGAGCAGUCCUGACGCCAGGAAUGGACCACACCAUGUCCAUCCAGCCGACCUCCAUGAUGGGGCCCCUGACACAGCAGCUCAGCCACCUCUCCAUGGGCGGCAGCGGCACAUAUAUGCCUGCAAACACAUCUAUUCAGGGGACCUACAUCCCCCAGUACACCCAAGUGCCUUCCACCAACAUCUCAGUUGAGGAAAGUGCCGUCCAACCACCUGUUGCCAUAGAGACACCCACAGAACACACAACCUACACCUACCAGCAUAACAAGUGACGAGGU